CGUCUGACGUCUGCCCCGCCACUGAAUCGGAAGUUCUGGCUGCAGUUGCGUGGAAAUGGGCACUGGUGGGCGUAGUGGGCUUCGGCCAGGCAAGGGGAACGCAGAAGGGGUGACAGCGGGCAAGGGGAAGGCGGAUGGGGUGGCAGUGACUCCUACUGCUGCCUCAGCCUCCUGCCAGUACAGGUGUAUCGAAUGCAACCAGGAGGCCAAGGAGUUGUACCGAGACUAUAACCACGGCGUGCUGAAGAUAACCAUCUGUAAAUCCUGCCAGAAACCUGUAGACAAAUACAUCGAGUAUGAUCCUGUUAUCAUCUUGAUUAAUGCUAUUUUAUGCAAAGCCCAGGCCUACAGGCAUAUUCUUUUCAAUACUAAAAUAAACAUGCAUGGAAAACUCUGCGUCUUCUGUUUGCUAUGUGAAGCUUACCUGAGAUGGUGGCAGCUUCAAGAUUCGAGCCGGAUCACUGAUCCUGAUGACUUUAUCAGAUAUGCCAAGGAAUGGGAUUUCUAUAGAAUGUUUGCAAUUGCUUCUCUAGAACAAACUGCCUAUUUUAGUGGCAUUUUUACUUUCCUGUGGAUAGAACGACCCCUAAGAGCGAAAAAAAAACUCAACUUCGUUUUGCUGCUGAAAGCAUUAUUAUUAUCCAGCUACGGAAAACUCCUGCUGAUUCCAGCUGUCAUUUGGGAACAUGAUUACACACCCCUGUGCCUCAGACUCAUUAAAGUAUUUGUCCUCACAUCAAACUUUCAGGCAAUUAGAGUGACCCUGAAUGUCAGCCGCAAGCUCUCCUUCUUGGCCAUCCUGAGUGGCUUACUGGUGGAGAGCACUAUGGUCUACUUCUUCCAGAGGAUGGAAUGGGCUGUCGGGAGCGACUGUGCCAUCUACAAGUCUCAAGACUUUUGAAGAGUUUCAUUCUUUACCAUCUGUGGCAUGACCAGCUUGCAUCCGUAAAAUAGAAGACAUAAAAUAUAAACCACGCUUCUCAUUAUUGUUGUGUAAAACAAAGCAAAGAUCUGGAUAUGCUUCCUGGGGAAAAAAAAGCAACGAUUAUGGUGCUGGGGACUCCUAACCCAUCACCCCAGCUCUACAUGUAGGAAACAGACCAGGUACAGAUUUGCACACACAGACACUCAGACACAAGGAAUGUUGCCACAGGAAGGGACGUACACAGCAAGUGACGAGGUUGACCUUCUAGACUGUUCAGGUAAGCGUUCAGGCUGAAGGAACACGAACUCCUGAGUCACAGAUAAGAAGAUAAGAAGAGCUCUGUUUCAUUCCUUUGCCGUAUUUAUAUUUAUAUUUAAAUGUUAAUGGUUAAACUGAGCUUUUGUGAAUUUUCAAUUCAGUAUCUUCUCCUGUGACUAAGUUACUCUCUGAAAUCAGCUGAUCCAAAAAGAAAUAACUAAAAACAGCUGCCUUGUACACUUUACAGGAGUGAAGUAUAUCUCAGCAGAGCUGUUAUUAAAUAAAUAGUUGUGUCACCUGUC